AUGGGUUAUGGUUUCAUGGAGUUUGAUUCUGUCAAUACAGCAAUGAAUGUUUUCAGGGAUCUGCACAAUGAUUUGAAGGAAACCGAGGGCGAUAGAGGAGAAAAUGCUGUAGAAACAGUUUCUAAGUGGACUGCAACUCCAGUCGAUUAUGGUGACUUUCCGCAUGGCCUGUCAAUAAAAGACUCAUUAGCUAUUGUGCAAAAUGCAACUCAAGCCGCAGCUCGCAUUUAUCAAGUCUUCAGAGUGCAAUCUUUCCAGCAAAAGCAACUGAAAGAGUAUGGGGAUGGUGAAUUAGGAAUGUCAGAUGAACGUGCACUUUCAUUGGGAUUUAGUUUGGGUUACCACUAG